UCAGCAUUUAACUUGUGUAAAAUCUCUAACGGUUUCGAAGGUAGUUGGGAUAUCCAAACCAGACAGACAAAACAGUCAACAAGUCCAGGUGACAAUUUCACACAUGCCACCGUACUGCAAACAACCAUCGAUAAAACCUAUGAGUGCGGAAUGUGUGACCAAUCAUUCCCCAAGAAGAGACAGCUGGCAGUUCACAAGCGCGUACAUGCCGGCACGCGACCGUACUCCUGUGAUAUUUGCGGUAAAGCAUACACCAAGGGUAUAAAUCUAAGCCGGCACAAACGGAUGCACACCGGCGAGCGACGGCACCGUUGUCGGAUAUGUGGCCGAGAAUUUUUCACUUCUGAGCAAUUGGAUCAGCACCGGCUUACCCAUAAAGAUCAGGCUUACAUUUGCGAUAUCUGCAGUAGGAAGUUUACCGAAAACAGUAGUCUCACGCGACACAGACUUAUCCAUGCAGGUGAGAGAUCGCACAAGUGCGAUAUUUGUGGCAAAGAAUUCAUAACUAGUGCUGAACUCACUCGCCACAUGCGCAUGUAUACUGGCGAGCGUCCGUAUAAGUGUGAUAUCUGUGGCAAAGGCUACGUAGAAAGCAGCAGUUUGAAACGUCACCAGCGUGUUCACAUCGAUAUGAAUCUUGUGGAUCAAAUAUUUAGUUGCGACAUCUGUGGUAGAAAGUUUCUUGAAUCUAAAGAACUUACGCAGCACAAACUUACCCACAGCAAAGAUCGAGAAUUCAGAUGUGAAGUCUGUGGUGGCGGGUUUAAUAAAUAUUCUCACAUGACUCGGCACAUGCAAAUCCAUACAAACGAACGCCCGUACAAAUGUGACCUCUGCGGGCAGGAGUUUCUUCGAAGAGCACAUUUGACCCAGAAUAAUCGCAGGCAUGUUGGCGAACGACCCCAUGGCUGUGAAUAG